AUGGCGCGAACAAGAGGGGCUAAGUCUUCCUCUCCUUCAAGACGCAAGAAAAGCCUGCGAAAGGAACCAGUUCCAGAUCCCGCUUCUGAGCCUUCGCAGCCAAGAGCAAUUCCUCCUCCGGUGAAGCCCGCGCCGCCAAAGCCGCCGGCAAGACGUUACCUUACCAGGUCAGGGGGUCGGCCACUGCAAAAGAGACCCAGGGUUGAAAGCUCAGAACCCAUUGACUUGACUGAGCAACCUUCAGAGCCCUCGCCGGUUCCAACUCCAGUUCCCUCGCCGAUUCCCUCGCUAAUUCAGCCUCUGGUGCCAUCUCCGGCGCCGCAAGCAGAACCACAGGAGCCUCAGCCGCCACUUCCCGAGCCCCAAAGUCCAUUUGAAAUAGCUCCGGAAGAAGUAAUCAGGCGGCCAAUGCUAACUCAGCCCCCAAUUGAGGGAAAUUUGGACUAUAGAGCGCGACCAUUCCAUUCCGAGCUAUGCUUUGACAUAGCCGCAUUCUGA